ACUCCUCCUCUCAGUUUUAUGUCAUCACGACAAUUUGUGGGAUAGUAAUGGGAAAAGUACCGGGAGGAAAAGUGUGACUUCUCAGCUGCUCUAAAAACACAGUCUGAGAGUUGGAGGAAGUCAGAAGAAAGAGACGAUCGGAUCAACAUGUGGAUACAUCGACAUCUACAGCUGAUUGAUUACACUUUAUGAUGUAGCCAUAGGACACAGUACCGUCUCACCUUUUCAACUGUUGGAGGAUGGCGACUGCAGCAGAGGACCCGCACCUAGGCUCAGGCCCUGAUGAGGACGACAUGUCUCUGUCGGGGAGCGGGUCCGAUUCAGACAGCGUCCUCUCUGAUGACUCAGUGCUUCCAGACUACACACCGGGGAUAACAAACGGGCGUACAGCAUCAACACUGUAUCAAGCUUGUGCCCGUAAUGAACUUGCUUCUCUGCGUAAAGUUCUGGAGAGAGGGGUCACAAAAGAAGAAGUAAUGGAGCUGGACAUUAAUAGCUGGAAUGGCUUGAUGGUGGCUUGCUGCAAAGGUUUCGUGGAUAUUGUGCAUGGGCUUCACAACUGUCCCUUUAUUGACAUAAACCACCAGGACAAUGAAGGCAACACUGCCCUGAUGAUCGCAUCCCAAGCUGGAAAUAUCAACACAGUCAUGUAUCUCCUUAACUACUACGCUGGUAUAGACAUGGAAAUAAGGGAUUGUCGUGGUUUCACAGCCCUCAUCAAAGCUGCUAUGACCGGCCGCAAUGACGUCGUGGCUGCACUCAUCAUGGCUGGGGCUGACAUUCACGCAGUCGACUCCACAAAAGGAAAAUGUGCUCGAGACUGGGCACUGAAAACAGGUCGCUAUGAGACCUUGCAUCGCCUCCGUCGCCUACAUAUGCGGCCAAAAGCUGAGCAGUUCUGUGAGAGUUUUGUCCCUGAAUGGCCUGAGCUCAAGGAGAAUGUAGCCAAGGCCAAAGCUGAAAAAACCGCCAGCGAAAAAAUCUCCCAGCGGAUAAAAAACACAUUUGGAUUCAGAUUUCCUCGUGACCCACAGGACAAUGGGGUCUUGGACCACAUGGUGCGCAUUACCACCAGUGUUCAUAGUCCCCUAAUUUCAACUGGAUGCCGUCCACUCUGCCCUACGAGCCCUCCAGAGGUGGGGAAGAGGCGGCUGGCUGUACCAGAGCUGGUGGGAAAACACCCACAAAAGGAGCUAGAAGAGAGGUCGGUAUGUCACAGCAACGGCUCCGUAUCACACAUCAUUCCUUCAAUCCACUCUGCAGAGUCCAUCGCCACAACAUGCUGCGCUGACACUGAGAGGCGAGGCAGCAUCCUAUCACUGGCUUCCACCAAAGUUGCUACUACUUUUAUUCCUCGCAGUAUGGCGAGAAGGAACAGUGUGUUCCCCUCUGGCUGCAUCCCAAAGAUCGAUGUCAUUAGGCCCACAGAGGCAACGCCAAAGAAAGAAAAGAAGAAAAAGAAGAAGGACAAGGGUUUCCUCGAACCACCCAUGUGGAGGUACAAGGAGAUCAAGGAUGAGAAAAAGAAGGAGAAGAAGAAGGCUGAGAAAGAAAAACAAGAGAGAGAAAAUGAGGAGAGAAAAAAGGACAGCAAGAAGGCCAAAAAAUAGCUGUUUCAAAAAAAGAGAGCUCUUCUGCUGUGCAAAUCAACCUUUCUGAGAACAAUAUGCUUUUACUCAGGACUUACAGCCAAAUAUGUUGGAAACUUUCAGCAAAUAUUUAACCUUUAACCUAAAGCGGAACGGGGAUUGACAGAGAGUCUCAAAUGAGAACUGCAAAGACUUUUCACGAGGAGUUGGGGCAUUUGGUCUGUCUGAAAGUUGAGACAAAUUAUAUAUAGAGAGAUGUGUUGUGUUAAGUUAGAAAGUAGAGUAUGUUUUCCAUGAAUAUGUUUGAAGAUUAUAAAAUCAAAAAAGACAACGACUAUGAUACUAUGCAUGCUCACUGGUUCAGUCUCACCGGUGCUAAAGUAUUUUUUUAGUAUCUACCUCUCCAAUCACAUAAACCACAAAGAGCCAGACACAUGAACACCUGCAUAUUUAUUACCUUAUGGAAAAUGUAAAUAGUAAUAUAUAACUAUUUCAUAGCUCAUAUGAAUAAUUAUAGAAUAUUGUAUAUUGUUUGUUGAAUGUGUUGUAAAUUAUCAUUUGUUAAGUCAGCAAAAAUUAAAUGUGAAUAUUGUACAGCAUAUAGCUGACAUGCAUCAACAAGAAGAUCAGUUUGAUCCUAAGUUCUUUUCAAUUUUAUUGCCAUUUUCUGAUAUUGCCAAUACUGUAUUCAUAUGAUUUAUCUUGCUUGUAUUAACUCAGUAUAUGGACUUGUUUCGUUUGAAAAUACUAAUCACUAAAGCACAGUGAAACAUCAUCAAUUCAUCCGUGUUUAAACACGAAUAAUGCAAAAGAUUGAUAUCAACUAUGGAUCAAAUUACUAUGUGUAAUGUAAAAGAUGUCACACAGGGACUCACCAUGAACCUCUGCAGUCUCCAUCAGCUGGGUGGAAUAUUAUGUUUUAGCUCAUCAUUUCGUUUUUUCUGACUCAAUCGUUUCUAAUCGAAGUGUUUCAGCAACUGUGCACCACCUGCCCCAAACCAAACAGCAAACAGGCAAAGUUUAGUGACUAACUGGUGAACACAGUGGAGCAUUUAGCAGCUAUAAAGCCACUUAUUUAACUCAGGAGUUGGUGUAAACAUGCAAACAAAUAAAAGGUAAGUGUCAACUGCACUUAUCUGGACUUACUCCAAUGAA